AUGGAGCCAACAGCACACUCCGACCCGAAUCUAAACCAGACCCGACCAAACGAACCAGAGCUCGACCUCUACACCAUACCCAGCUACUCCAGUUGGUUUUCGUGGCACGAUAUUCACGAGACAGAGAGAGUGGCUCUAAGAGAAUUCUUCGAUGGGAGCUCAAUAACGAGAACUCCAAAAAUCUACAAAGAAUACAGAGACUUUAUAAUCAAUAAGUACCGUGAAGAUCCUUCUAGAAGGUUAACAUUCACGGAGAUUCGAAAGUCACUGGUUGGUGACGUUAGUUUGUUGAAUAAAGUCUUUCUGUUUUUGAAUAACUGGGGAUUGGUUAAUUUUAGCUGUGAAAAGGAUGAGGGAACGGGUUUGAGUUUGGGUUCGGGUAAUGUGGAUGUUCGGGUUGAAGAUGGGGCUCCGAAUGGAGUUCGGGUUGUGGAGAUGCCUGAUAAGUUGAAACCCAUUUCGGUGGGGUCGGUGCAAAGUGGGGCGGAGGGUAGUGGUGGAGUGUUGAAGUUGCCGCCUUUGGCGUCAUAUUCGGAUGUUUUUGGUGAGUUUGUUGGGAAGAAGAAAGAGGCUGUUUGUGGUAACUGUGGCGGAAGUUUUGAGUCGGGCCGGUAUGAGAGUAGUAAGCAGGAUGAUUACGUAAUCUGUCAAAAAUGCUUAAGUGAUGGAACAUAUGGCGAGAACAAGUCUAAGGAUGAGUUCAAGCUUAAUGAUAAUGCCGACAACAAUGGUACCAAUUCAGCUGUGUGGACUGAGGAAGAGACUUUGCGUCUUUUAGAAUCUGUUUUGAGGCAUGGGGAUGACUGGGACCUUGUUGCUCAAAAUGUUCAAACCAAGACCAAACUUGAUUGUAUUUCUAAGCUCAUUGAGCUGCCAUUUGGAGAUCUUAUAUUGAGUUCUACAUAUGGAAAGGGCAACUCUAAUGGACAGAGUGGGAGCACAAACAACUCAAAACAAGUUCCUGUGGCUCCAUCUAAGCUUCAAGAUGAUACAAAAAAUGAAGACCAAUUGCAUGAGCAGAUGAAUGCAAAUGAGGAGAAUGGAGUUAUUGUGGAUGACGGUCCAUCUUUGAAAAGAAAACGCAUUACUUCCGUUUCAGAUGCUGGUGGCUCUCUGAUGAAACAAGUAGCUCUUUUCUCAACCAUGGUUGGCCCAGAUAUCACAGCUGCUGCAGCUGAGGCUGCUGUUGCAGCACUUUGUGAUGAAACCGCAUGCCCAAGGGAGAUAUUUGAUGGUGAGGAGGAUUUUCCUACUAAGGGGUUUUCGUCUCCCUCCUUCCAUUCCAAGUCUGAGAGAGUGGAUGAGGUUGAUGACUCAGAGAUGAAGCGAACACCCACUCUGUCAGGAACUGAGGAGACACCUGCAUGGCAAAAUGACAUACCUCUAUCUUUGCGUCUUAGAGCUGCUGUUGCAACAGCUCUCGGGGCUGCUGCUGCUCAUGCUAAAUUACUGGCGGAUCAGGAAGACCGAGAAGUUGAGAAUUUGAUGGCAACCAUAGUUGAGACACAGUUGAAGAAGCUGCACCACAAAAUGAAGCACUUUGAUGAUCUGGAGCUGAUAAUGGAGAAGGAAUAUGCUGAAUUAGAUGAACUAACAGAGUCAUUAACUGAGGAGCGGAUUGAUGUCUUGCAGAGGGCAAUUCGUGCAGGCAUAUCUAAAUGGAGGGAUCAUGCUUCCAUAAAAUCUCACAUGGCAAAUGUAGUUUGA